GGCUGGGCUGUGCAGAGCAGAGCUGUGCGGGGCAGGGCUGUGCGGGGCAGGGCUCUGCAAGGCUGGGCUGGGCUUGGUUGGGCUUUUCGGGGCUGGGCAGCCCCGGUUUCGGUUUCGUUUGGCGGCGGGGCGGUCGCAGCCCGUGGCGGUGCGGGCGAUGCGGGGGCGCACGGUGCGGGUUCGGGGGCUGCCGGCAGAGUUGCCCCCCGACAGGUUGGCUGACAAGCUCACCAUCCACUUCCUGCGCUCCCGUAACGGCGGGGGGGAGAUCGCCGAGGUGCGGGUGCUGCCCGGGACCCCGCCCUGCGCCCUCAUCACCUUCGAGGCGCUGGAAGUGGCUCAGAGGGUCCUGAAGGCAAAGAAUCACGUGUUGUCCAUCGGAGGGAAGAACUACCCGCUGGAGGUGACGGCCGACGUCGUGGAGCUGAGCCCCGAUGAGAUCUUUGUUUGCGCUUGUGUGAUAGUUGACUAUGGGAAGCUUCCUGCUGGCAAAACCCUCCUGAGGAACUUGCAGAAGGGCUACAGCGAUGUGCAGUUCAACUUUGAGCCCAAGAACACACGCUGCGUAGUCAAGGGACCAUUCACGGAGCUGCAGGCCUUCUGCAGAGCCCUGCUGGGCAGCCUGAACCUCAGGAGCCAAGAUGUUGGAGAGGUCCUCCUGCCUGGUUCCAGCCAUGCGGCCAAAGAGACCAGAAUGCAGGAUCACCAGCAAGUGCCUGACGCUGGUGAGUCUACAGGAGAGGCAGCAAAGCUGCCAGAUUGGGAUGAGGUGUGCGGAAAGGCAGCCGAAGCCCCAUCACGUCGGGGCCGAGUGGAUGAGGAAGCUGUGGAGCAGCUGGAGGACUUCUCCCUAGUGAUGGACGCGGACAUUUACUUGUACAUGCAGAAAUUCUGUGCUGGCAAGUACCAAGAUGUGCUACGCCAGCACGGUGUGGAUGUGGUGGAUGUCAUCAGCGAUGGCAUCACUAUACUGUACCUGCAGCCUCCUGCAGGUGCAGCCGGGGAUUUGGAUGCCUUGCGACGAGCCCGCCUGGACCUCCAGCAGCUUUACCAGCAGCUGGAAGUGAGCUUGCGCAAGGAGAAGAUCGCCAAAGGAGGACUGGCUAUGGACAGCCAGGCGCUCGGGGCUCUGACACGUGAGCUGCAGGAGCUGUAUCCGCAGUUGCUGUGCCAUGAGGACGAGAAGCAGCUUUAUCUUAUUGGAAAUGUUGUUGAUGUGUCCCAGGCCAAGCAGAACCUUCGGGAUUUCGGCACCAGAAGAGGUGCUGCUCAGACGGCUGACGUGCUCGGCAGCUCCCUUCCCUCGCCCCCAGCAACCUCCCCCACCACAGAGCUGCGCAAACCCAAAGCUCCUGUGGACACCUCAGCCGCGAGGCUCAGCCCAGGCAGGCUGGAGCUGAAAGGUGAGCUCAAGCUGGCUGCCAACUUCAGCACGCUGAAAGCAGAGAGGUCUCCAUCCAGCUGGGGCGUCCUGCUGGCUCGGGGCUCUCCACCAGUGGGACAGGCACAGCUUUUGGCACAGGACCUGUUGGAGACGGAUGCUUCAGGUGCAGGUAACCCAAUAGUGCUGAGCCAGCAGUACCAGCGGCGUGUCUCCACGGCAGAUGUGCUUUGUGGGUCAGCAGCAGAAUCUCAGCAGAAGGAGCCCAAAGAAUGGGACUAUGCGAAAGGAGGUGCCAGGGUUAUAGGGUACAAGGCUCUGUCUCCCAUGGGGAGUAAAGAAAACAGCGCUUGGCAGCAUUCUGGGGACUCUGGAGGCUCAGGUCCCAUCAAGAACCAUCCCUUUGCUACCACCUCUGGUGCCUUUGAUGAGACAAGCACCUCUUCUGCUUUAGACUCUAAACCCUCUGAAUCCAGGCCUCUGCCGCGCCGUUCCAGCAGCUUCUCCCUGCCAAGGACAAAGGCAAACGAGAAGCCCCAAAGCCCUGGCAGAGCAGGCGGUGGGGUGAGUGAAGAAAUGAGCCUGGACUCUCUGCAGUGGUCCUACCUGAAGGACACUUGCUGCUCCGUGAUUGAUGAGCUCUGCAGGGAUGGAGGCGUGCAGAUCUCGGAGCGUCGCGCUGGGGAUUGCACCGUGCUGACGCUGCAGGCAGCGGAGAGGAGCGAGCUUUGCCAGGCUAAACGGAAGGUGGAAGCCCUUGUGCAGAAGUGUCCUGACCUCGUGUGUCAGAGUAUGAGCUACUCAGAGCUCGCUGUAGAUGGUCCGGAUGACAGUGCCCUGAGCGAGCUGUGCAGCCUCCUGCGAGGAAGUUCCCUCCAGGUUGGAAUCAGCAAAGACAAGUACAACCUGUAUCUUGCCUGCCCCAAGGAGAUGCUGCAAGGAGUGACCGAGGCCUUUGACGUGUUUUCUUCUAGGAGGCUCCAUGCCUUGAAGUCUUCAUCCUUGUCUCCAGGACCAGAGGGUACAGGGCAUUCAAGUGUCAUCCAGCCCAGCAGAAGCCAGGACGCGGUGCUGGGUGCAGCCCUUCUUGACAGCCUGGAGUCCCUACAGAUGGGCCUGGAGCACCUGGACAUCAGCGAUAAAGCGGUCCAUGCAGAUGCCCUCAAGGCUUUCCAGCUGCCUGAGGCUGAGGAAAAGAGGUCCCCCAGUCCUUGGAGGUUCCAGCAGUCACUGGAGCAGGAGGAGGCCAGUGACCAUGUUGAUUCUGGAGCUGUGCGAGGACGAAGCAGCCCUCUCAGCCCUGGUGUAGUGGAUAAGCCCAGUCCUGCCGGUCUGAGGGAGCCCCAGGAGCAGCUGAAGACAAAGAUAUCUAAGGGGGAGCCUGACGUUGCGCGGCUAAAGCAAGUUUUGCCCGACAGAUUCCAGUUUUCAAGAGACAAGAGCAGAGGAGGUCGCAGCGAAGGAAUGGGAGAGCUGUGGUUGCCGGUUCCUGCCGCAGACGGGGCUCCUCGCUCCCUGCCCACCUGGUUGUACAGGGCUACAGCUGCGGAGACACCGGGGGCUGCAGCCCAACAGCCACCGGCAGCUGAGUCUGGGGGCCAGGAAUGCGCACUGCUCCCACCGGGCAGGAGCAACACGCAGGAGGAGCCCAACCUUUCGUCCCAACAGACAAGAGGCUCCAGCCUUGGGCAGGAAAGUGGCAAGACCCCUCCGGGCAGGUGUGAUGUUUGCCAGGGCUGGGGGAUGACCUGCCAGGCUCCUUGCGGUCACGCCUUGUGCAGGACAUGUUUUGCAGCGGACAGUACGCAACCGUCUUGCUGCAGCUCCUCCUUGGUUGCCUCCAGCCGCAUGAUCUCCGGGACAUUCAAGGUCUCCUCCCUGUCUCAGAGUCUGCCUGGCUACUAUCGAGACCUAACGCUCCAGGUGGUCUACAACAUCCCUGAUGGCAUCCAAGGGGUUGGUGACCCCCGCCCAGGACAGCCUUACAAGGGGGGCACUUUCUGUGCCUUCUUGCCUGACAACAGGGAAGGGCAGAAGGUGGCAAUGCUGCUGAAGAAGGCCUUUGUGUAUGGGUUAACAUUCCAGAUCAAGUCCUACAAUGGAGAGGAAAGAGUGACCUGGGGGCUUAUCCCACACAAAACCUCCUGGGAUGGAGGCAAAGCCAGGAAUGGUUAUCCAGAUGCCCAGUAUCUCCGCGAGGUUGGCACAGUACUGAAGAAACUGGGCAUCGCGUGAGACUCCCUGCUGGAGCAGCCCAUGCCUUCGCUUCCCUUUCCUUUCCAGCUGACAGAACUGCAGUUUAGCACAGCCAGCUCAGGAAAAAGCAGGAGUUUAAGGAGCUCCUGGCUUCCCUGAAGUUAGCCAGAAA